ACAUAUGCUGGGGCUCGAUCUCCGACUCGUUAAGGAGGUGCUUAAUGCUCGCUUGGCACAUUACAUAGUUCGACAUAGAGACUUGGGUUCUCUGCUGGCAAAAUUCUGACGAUUCACCAAUUCCCAUCGACCAUCAGGCCAUAUUUGCAUGUGUGUCGAGAUAAGGAAUACUGGUUGUCAACUGGCACCAAGCACUCGGGAUUCUGAAAAGAAAGACGCGCGUCGGGUCCCGUCUUAUACUGGGCUGUAUCCACCACAGUGCGGCUUGGCACUCAUGAAUCAAUCCUUGGCACGCGAGCUUGUUGAAUGCCUUUUCACUGCAAGGUCCCCCUUCAACGUCAAAGGUGAACGACCGCAAACCUCACACGACGCCGGUUGUUUACUGUCCCGUCCGUUCUAGUAAUGUUGCGCGUCUUGUUGGCCUUGAAACUGAUCUUUUCAGUUGCGCUAGUCGGUCUCCCGAAGACAUGCCUGGCAAGUAACGUUUUCAACUCCCCGGUCUUGUACGACUGGGGAUUCUAUGGGCUAUUCCCACGAAUAUGGUACAAGACCUACAGCCGCGGUGCGCCGUUGCUCAACUUCCUGCAGUGGGAUGACCAGUGCGAUGAUGGCGGCUUCUAUCUCCUCUCGCCCCGCGGCACCAUUGUGUCCAAGCCUGGGCCGGUCAUCGUCGAUGCUCGAGGCAAUCUGGUGUGGACUGACGACCGAUUCGGCGAGACGACGGACGUCAAGGUCCAGACGUACAAUGGCAAGCAGUAUCUGACCUUCUGGUCUAGUCCGGAGGGUGUGACACAUCGCUAUGGCAUGGGCACACAUUACAUGCUCGAUGAGACCUACUCCGUCUUCAAGACCAUUGAACCUGUCGGUGAGGGCUUGAGAAGCGAUCUCCAUGAGUUCAAGAUCUCCGAUGAGGGAACAGCUUUGAUGACAGUUUAUUUCUCGGUGCCGGCCGAUUUGUCGUCUAUCGGUGGCCCUGUAGACGGUUGGAUCCUCGACAGCAUCUUCCAAGAGGUCGACAUCGAAACUGGCUCUCUCUUGUUCGAGUGGAGAGCAUCCGAGCAUGUCUCCGUCAACGAGACGAUGCGAGUCUUCGCCGGUGGGGAUCUCGGUGGCAGUCCUCAGUCCGCAUUUGAUUAUUUCCAUAUCAACAGCGUCGACAAGGAUCAACAGGGCAACUUUGUUAUCUCAGGCCGCCAUACACAUACCGUCAUGUGCAUACGCCCAACAGGCGAUAGCAUCUGGAUCCUAGGCGGCAAGGACAACAUGUUCCAAGACUUAUCCGACGGCCGAGGGACCGACUUCACCUGGCAGCACCACGCGCGCAUGCACGACAACAACACGCUCAGCAUCUUUGACAACGCCAAGUCCGAGACGACGGGCGAUCGCUAUGUUGGGAGCUAUAGCCGCGGCAUGCUGAUCCAACUUGAUACGGAACGCAUGACGGCCAGCCUGGUCCAGGAAUAUGCCAACGAUGGCAUCAUCGCGCAAUCACAGGGCUCUGCUCAGGUCAUGCCAGACACAGGCAACAUGCUCGUGAGCUACGGCUUCCUGCCCACAUUUACUGAGUUUUCGCCCGAUGGCCGCGUCCUGUGCCAUGCACGCAUCGCGCCCAGGCUCGUCUUCCAGGCCGGCAUGGUGACUUCGUACCGCACUUUCAAGACCACGAGCUGGGUCGGUAGACCAAUUUAUCCCCCCAGUAUUUUCCUACGCCCAUCCGAGGCCAGGCUAUAUGCCAGUUGGCAUGGCGCCACUGAGGUCGACCGAUGGAUUCUGCAGGGUGCCGAGUGGCAGGGCAUACACGAUGACGAGUGGAACGACCUCGACGAGCAAGAAAAGGACGGGUUCGAAGUAACCUUUCAGAUGACCGACCAGAUGCACACCUAUUUGCGCGUUGUUGCUGUCGACGAGGACGGCCACGCGCUCGGGCACACCGAAAUUGUGAAUCGCGACGUGGGAAACGCACCGUCAACGGCGCUUCACGAUGCUUUUGUAAAGAUUGGUAUUUUACUGGGCAUCACCAUUGCCCUUGCCCUGUAUUUCCGUCCGGCUGUCGCUCGCGCAUUCAGAAGAUCGUCAAUACGUGCCCUGGUUGUGGCUUUUGUGGCGGCCAGGAGACGGUGGGUAUGGAGAGAUUGUAGCCGCGGGGCCAAGGCGCAUGAAACGCAGCCAUUGUAUAACGAUCCGUAG